AUGGUAGUAUCGGCAUAUAAUAAUUUAAAUUUUUUAGAUAAUUUUAGCAUCGCCGCAGUUGUACAGAAACUGGAAACAGUUUAUGUACUGUACACUGUACGACCAUGCGUAAUAUCACAUUGA